AUGAUGGAUCACACGCUAUCCUGCAAUAAUCUGAAGUGUCGAAAGGAGCUCAGGACCGCAGCGCUCGUCACUACUUGUAGCCAUAUAUACUGUAUGCACUGCGCUGAGCAGCUUGGGCUAGCUAGUUCGGAUUUGCACAAGAGAAGCUCAUGCCCUGCCUGUGGAACACAACUAUCACACCCCGAGGAUGCGGUCGCCACGAACCUUAGGCCUUCAGAAGAAUACAAGACUAGCAUUCUUAGUGGAUUCUCUCCCAGUACGAUUAUGGAAUGCGCUGGUAGAGCCCUUAGCUUUUGGGCUUAUCAAACUAUCCAAGACAAUUAUUAUCAACAGCACCUGUACAAGACACUUUCAGAGAAGUACAGCAACCUGCAUAGCCAUCAUAAUCAGAAGAUCAAGGACGCUGAGCUGAUCGUGGAGAAGUUAAAACGGCAAAUAGCUUCGUUAGAACACGAGCACGGAACUUUACGACAAAAGAAUGACGAGCUUGCUCAGGCAUACAAGGAGAAGAGCCAAAGACUCCUGCAUACACAAGGCCUAUACGACCGAUUGAAGCGUAUGGCUGAACUGGGGAAUCUCAAGCGCGCUGCUACAGACGCGGUUGACCAUGCGCUCUCAACAGGUCCAGCCAAUCAAUUUCAUCACCAGAGUCACGUAUCAUCGCCAGAUCGAAGUGUGCUUCUCCCGCCUAAUGUGCAAGGCUAUGUCCACGGUGCGAGAGCAGCUGUGCCACAACAAGGCUCCUUUCCAUCGGGUGGCCGCGUCUCAUCAGGGUACUGGCCGUGGCGAAAUUCCGCGGCAUCUGGCUUUAAUGUUGAUGUGAAUACACCACUGGAUGUAUCGCCCCAUUUUCAGCAUACUGAAUCAAAAGAGAAUAUGUCACGCAAUAGUUUUGGUUCCGACCGAAGACCGCUCGGCACUUUGGGCCUUGCAGGGGGUGUGAAGAUUAGCUCUCCAAGUGGAUUAUAUGACACCGGUGGCGGCGUUGGACGAUAA